CUCCGCCGUCCCCUUAGCUUGACUCCAUCAACGCCAGAUCUACCUCACGGUCCUCACCAUCUCCGUUCCGGCGUUCCCAAAUCGACGCCAGAUUUACCAGGGUUAAGGAAAACUCUAUGCUGAAGUGGCUGGUACUCUCUGUUUGAUCAGUAAUAUUAGAAUAAAUGGAAUCCACGGUGAGGAUGAAUUCUCAACCACGGCGAAUAUUGCCACCUGGAGCGUCACGGAAACAGAAAGAGAAGGAAAUGUCAUCUUAUAAUUCCAUGUGGCCAUCAUCAUAUCCAGUUAGUCACAAGGCUACGACGUCGUCGAAGCAAGCUGAGUCAGCAGCAGGCUACUCGAACCGGGUCUUAGCCGGUUACAUGGCUUACGAGUUCUUAACUAAAGGAACCAUGUUUGGCCAGAUGUUCGACCGGGCUCGAGCCGAGGCUGCCCUGGGGAACAGUGGUGCAGCAGAUGAGGUGAGAAGGGGAAACCCGGCUGCCGAAGCCGAUCCGAACGAGGUGAGGAGCCGAACAUAUGAUGAGGUGGCGAGCCUGUUGAAGAGCGACGAGGCCCACAUCCCCGGUGUGGUAAAUCCGACGCAGCUCGCGCGAUGGCUUCAGAUGUGACAUCAUUGUGCGCCGGUCUUUUGAAAAUCCUUACCAAAACACUAAAUGGUUUGUUACACCUUGUGGUAGGUUUAAUUUGUGUCAUGAACUAAAUGAUCUUGUUGUUAGUAAAUUUUCGGGUAAUAAUCCUUCAUUUCUAUUAGAAGUGUGUCAAAAUAUGUAUGAUACCAAUAUAUUUGGGGCCAUAUAGUUCUCCGUUAGGUCCGGGACCGGAUCCUAGAUCCUACCACCGAGAGCCCUCUUGCCCAAAAUGUUGUAAUGAUCAUUGAAGUUUUUUUUGUCAAAGUAUUUGAAAUUGAAACUAUUUUUUGUGAUGAAGCCACAAGUCAAAACUCAAGAAAUAAAUAAAUCUUGCGUAU